AUGCGUCUCCCUAGAGGGGGAUCUUCUUUUAUGGAGACAUACGGAGGGACACUACAAGAAAAUCUUAUUGAUGGACAUAAAUUAUGUUGUGAAUUAUUCCCUGAUCCUGAGCAGUACCAUCCUAACUUCCUAGAGACAACAAGGGCAGAGAAUGCCCAGCCUCCUGGUGGUAUGGGGGGACGAGUAGUAACACAACCAGGGCAAUUAGUUCGUUAUACUUUAUCUAAAGAUGAUACAAAUAUGUUUGGAUUAGUCCAAGCUGUCUCUGCUGCUGCGGAGACACCUGAGGGCAACAGCAACAGGAAACAAGAGGAGACACCUAAUAAUGAUAAUAAAAUACCUAGUAGGGAUGCACUCGUUACCUUCUACUUUAGAAGUCCUCAAGCUCUUGCAGAGCAAACACAAUCUAAGAGUGUUGAUAGACAAAGACUGACCGUCAUCCUUUCUCUACAAACGCUCGUGCACCCAAAGAAUAUACCUCCCUCUGGUUACCGAUGCUGGCAACGAGUCUUCCGUCCUGAUGGAUGGAUAGGCCUACAGCCUGUAGAAAUCUCCUCUGUCUCCGUAGAGACUGCUAAUCCUGAUCAAAGUGAUGGUGCUGGUGCCUUAUAUAAAGGGCAUGCAGUAAUUCAUCCUUUAUUAGGCCCUGAUUUAGAUAGUCCCCCUAAUGAGGGUGCCCCUGAGGAAUCUGUUGGUCUUGAUGAAUUAUUUAUGGAUGCAGUAGGAGAAAGUGAUAAACAACCAUCUCGUGACUGUGAUGAUUCUAUAAGCCAGAAAAUAGCUGGAGAAUUUGCAGAUAUUCGUUUAUUAAAUCAAUUAUCAAUUACAUAUUUAGGUCGAUGGCUUAAAUUCCAUAUUUCUAUUCUUGAACCAGAUCAACAAUUCUCCAAAAAUGUACUCUUACAGAUGAUGAGGGCUGUCCGUCAUGUGGUGGAUAAGGCGGAUUGGGAGCCAUUAGUGGCAGAUUUAUUACAAGCAAAUAUUAAGAGACAAAUAUUUAAUGGGGAUUUAUCCUCUGGUCUCUCUUUUCUUACACAUAAUACACGAUUCUUAGAGGAACUUGAUCAAGCUCUUGAUGAUUAUUGCAGGUAA